AUGGCUUCCGAGGUUGAGGGUGGUAAGCAGGUGGUUAGGGAGCAAAUUGCCACCGGGAAAUUCGUGCCUGGUAAGCCGAGAACCCUUUUGGAGCACACUCGGGCAAUGCACAUGGAGGUGAAGUCUUUCCUGGAGACUGACUUUGCCUCCUACCUCCAUGUUUGUGAGCUUGACAUAGAGGGGCUCCGUCAGCUGUGCAGCGAUUCAGACGCCGAAAGGAAACAUCUUGAGGCCAUCACUUCUGGGCCCUGCGUGGCAUUUCUAAGUCCGGGAGUUGUCCGCCAGUCAAAUUUAACUUCCCUACUUUUCAAUUUUAUAGCUCUCUUUACUUUAUCGUGUUGUAUUUUCGUCCCUGUUGGUUUGUGUUGGCAACCCUACGUUUGGAUUCGUCUCGGAGGUUGA